AUGUAUGGCGCGCUAUUAGUACCUAUUAUUAUUAGUAAACUACCAGUAGAAACGAGAAAAAGUAUUGCCCGUGAAUAUGAUAGCGAUCAUAUAACUCUAAACAACCUCAGAAAAGCCAUCACAAAAGAAGCGAGAAUUCUUGAAGCGGGACAAUUUACCGACCGCGAAGGUUUACAUACUACCGCAACAUUUCUGACCGAAGCUCGUAAUAAAACACAGCGAAAUUUCAAUACAAACAAUCCACGUUUCAAUGACAAAAAACGUCCAUGCAUCUACUGCACUGGUAUACAUUUUCCGGGAGAUUGCACGAUAAUUUCUGACGUGAAUGAAAGACUGAACAUCGUAAAGCAAAAGAAAAAAUGUUUCAACUGUCUAGGAAACCACGGUGUUUCCGAGUGUAAAUCACUUAACCGAUGUAAGAAAUGCAACAAGGAACAUCACACCAGUAUUUGCGGGGAACAAGCUACAGAUGGAAAAGAACAGGAGAGCAAGGAGAAAUCAACCGUUGUAGGCUUGGUAAAAACAGAAGAACCAGACACCGCAGUAAUGUAUACUUCACAACACACUAGCGUUUUAUUGAAAACAGCUAUCGCACCAAUAGCAUACGGGAAACAGAUCACAGAAGCUAGUAUUUUAUUUGACGAAGGUGCCCAACGGUCAUUCAUCACUCAGGGCAUAGCAGACAAAUUACAGAUAAGACCAAGCGGAAGGGACACAAUUGAACUGUCAGCUUUUGGAGACAAGGAGAAGAAUAUACGCCAUUUGGAUACAGUAACUGUUCAACUACAAACAGACAAAGAGGAAAGCGACAUCGAGAAAUUCUGGAAUCUAGAAUCGUUAGGAAUACGUUUACCACAACAGGACGACGAGGAGAGUUUUGUAAAGACUUAUCAACAAGACUGUAUCAAAUUUGAAAACGAACGUUAUUCUGCCAAGUUGCCAUGGAAACUGGAUCAUCCGGACUUACCUUCCAACAUCAUGAUCGUUAAAGCAAGGACAGAAAGCACAAUUAGAAGACUAAGUCGUGAACCACAUUUACUACGAAAAUAUUCAGAAAUUAUUGAAGACCAAAUGAAGAGAGGGUUCAUAGAGAAGGUAAACGACGAGAACGACGAUGGUAAAAGCACUCACUAUAUACCACAUCAUGCCGUAAAAAAAGAUUCGACAACAACACCAAUUCGUAUAGUGUACGACUGUAGCUGUAAAAAGUCUCCAGAUCACGCAAGUUUGAAUGACUGCCUAAUGUCAACCCCGCCAGAUUUGAACGACUUGACAAAAAUAUUAAUGGGAUUUAGAACCAAGAAGUACGCAAUAAGCACGGACAUUGAAAAGGCUUUCCUACAUAUUGGAUUAGAUGAGAAAGAUCGAGAUUUUACACGCUUUUUUUGGUUGAGCGACACAGAUAAUUCCAGCAGUACUCUUACAACAUAUCGAUUUAAAUCUAUUUUGUUUGGUGCAACAAGUUCACCGUUCAUCCUAAAUGCAACACUGCUUAAACACUUGGAUGCAUGCAACACAAAUAUCUCAGCGAUGAUGAAGAAUGACCUUUACGUGGAUAACAUUUUGUCCAGUUUGGAAAAUGAAGAUGACGCCGAAAAGUAUUUUGUACAAGCCAGAUCAUUGAUGUCGGAGGCUGGGUUCAACCUUCGUUCAUGGAGUUCAAAUUGCUCAAAACUUACAGAUUUAGCCAAAAAACAUAACGUAUGUGAAAAAGAAACUUUUGUCAAAAUACUUGGACUGAAAAGGGACACAGUUAAAGAUACGAUAACUUUUCAAAAAGUCGACUUAUUUGAUAUUGAACUACCUAAUAUUACGAAACGUGAGAUUCUUAAACAAUCUUCACGUAUUUACGAUCCCCUAGGAUUACUUAGCCCUGUAUCCGUACGAGCAAAAAUCUUAAUGCAGACAUUGUGGAAACAGAAGUAUGGAUGGGAUGAGCCACUACCAUUAGAAAUACAGACAACAUGGGAAAAUUUAGCCAAAGAUUUGGAGAAAACGACUUAG